GUUCUAGCGAUAACGUGUCUCCUGGUGCUGACAGACAUGAAACCUCCCAGGUACAGACUAAACCCUGCUCUGAUCUCCAUGCAGAGAAGAAAACACCUGUUACUUAUAAACACGUUCCUGACUUCCCCGAUAAAGAGGUUCGCCUGCAGGACAGCUCGCAGGCAGAAAGCGUACAGGCCAGCCAGGAAAGCCUGUCCUGUGGGAUCGUGGGCUCUGCCCCUGAGGAGAAGAGACCCCAAACCUCCAGAAGCUUGAUGAAGCUGAGGAGACGGAUGAAGGCUUUGGCAUCGGAGGGAAGGGAACCAGUGCGUGACGUGCGUCUAAUCAACACUGAUGAGACAGUGAAAAAUCAAACUGCCAGCACAGAGGAGCUUCGGUCACCAGUCUUCAGGCGAAGCAGUCUCCCCAGUACUGAUGAAAACGCUCAGAGAGCAUCCAGACCGGCACUUGAGCAGAGAGAGGAAAACGGUUUCACUCCUCCCGAGGCAGCAUUAGGAGCUGUGCAAGACGUGCCUGAAGACCACGUUGCUCCAGGAGGGCCUGGGCUGUCCCUGCCUGCACCGAGGGACAGCGGUGACGUCUGGCAGACCCGGCCCCCAGGGGCUGUGGCCGUGUCUGACGGCCACAGACCUGUACAGCUGUGUUCAGAGAACAAUGACGCAGUUCCGCUUGACACCAGUGGUAAUGGAGGAGAAGAAUCCUCAAGUAUAAUUAAACAAAUGGACAGUGAGAGCCUGUGUGGAGAACAGGAAGAAUUACAUAGGCUCUUCAAUUUCACGUCAGAAAAUGAAGCGUUGCCUGCUGAUGAAAAUAGCGCUGUGGCUAAUGAGAGCAAAAGCCGUGAAGGAAACGAGAGUGACGUUAACAGCUUAAAUCCCUUUCCUACAGAUCUUGCUCUGCGCAAUGUUAAAGAACUGUUGGACAAUCAAAGGGCUGAAAUUCAGUCAAGACUUCCUUCUCCAGAGAAGGUGACAGCUCCUGAAAGUGCCCUGAGCUCUUGCACGGUGGUUGAAGGGCUUCUCUUUCCAGUUGAAUACUACGUCAGGACAACUCGACGCAUGUCUAACUGCCAGAGGAAGGUGGACCUCGAUGCUGUAAUUCUCAGCCAGCUGGGCAAAAGUAAGAAGAGUCAGCGAACUAAGUGCAAGCAGAAAGAUGCAAAUUCAGAUCUUCCCUCCCAAGAAAGAGUUGAAAGUGAUUUGGAGUCGGGGAUCAUGCAGUUCCCUUUCCUUGGUGCAGAAAAUGAUCCAGCAAAUUUGAGUAGUCCUCAGAAAUCUCUUCCCACGUCCAGCAGUAGCAGCGCUUCCCUUGGAUCGAUUUCUCAGAACAGUGUCACGAGCACAAGGCGAGAGCAGAGACGAUCACUGAGGAAACAAAAGGGGAGAAGAAAGUCUGGCUGCAAACCCCUUGUGUGUCAAGGGUCACAGGAACUUACAGAGGGUUUGGAUCUCGUAAUGCUGAGGGAGAGCAGUAGUGUGCUGUCAAAUGAGUGUCAGAGUGAAACGGAAAACUGUGAGGCUAAUCUUGGAAAAUCUGCUUCAGAUGAGAGAAAGCUGUCUGCUGCUGCUGUGCUCAGGUCUGGAGAGCCACAAGUGACCGUACAGCCAUCGGGAGCUGAUCCUCCUCCUGGAGGGAGCCCAGGGCUUGGCGAUUGCCGUCAGACCCUGUCAGAACAGGGUCAAAAUCCACUUCAGAACUGUGAUUCUCUGAACCUAGGGGAUGAAAGUUUUGCCAGCCUUAUGGGAGAACUGGAAGCCAACUUAGCUGUGUGCCAGGCUGAUAAACACCCAGCGGAGCACCUUAAGGAUCAGCGCGUACAAGGAGCCUGCAGGGCGGAGCAGCUCCUGGCGAUUGGUGUCCCCCUGCGCCGCUCCCUGCGUUCCUCUGUGAGGCAGAGAGCUGCUCAGGUCCCAGCAGGUACUUCUGCAAAGAGGAGCACAGCUAAAACUGCAGCCUGAGAGCAAGGCAGGGGAGCAGCAGCAGGCACUGCUGUUCACGCCCUGCCUGCCAUGGACUCCAAUCCUUGUGACCCUCUCUUCUCCUUCCGCAGCCCCCGGUGGCUGGUCUCCAGGCUGGGCAUCAGAGACUUUCACUUACCGGAUGAAGACUUCGGACUACUAAAACAGGAGAAAUUAGAAUCUUCCUCUGUGAAUGACUUGGAGAUUUUUGUUCCCAGUGUGUUUGCAGGUGGUGCGGCUUUGGAGGACAAGCAAGAUGCAGAUGUGGAUCCAGAAGAAAAAAGUCUUAGAAGUAAUUUGGUUCUGCCUUUCGAAAACAGAUUGCCCGAGCUACCUGACGCAGAAAGGCCAGCGUCCAAGAAGGAGCUUUCCACCCAUGAGCUGCUCUUUACUCCCGUGGGGACUGUCUUAGCUGGUGCUCCCAGUCAGCACCAGUCGCAGAUUUUCUCAUCAGUUUUCCCAGUUGUAGGUGCAACCCCGGCUGUUUUACCACCGGUACACAGCGAGGUCUUCCCCAACACGCCUUUAGUCCCUCCCUCGCAUGCGGGGGUGCGCUCCUCCGAAGGGGUGUCUGCCCAGGGUGUGGGUGAUGGGGAGGGCAAAGACCCCGCUGUUGCGCGGCACUUGGACAGCUGUGGCACAGGAUCUGCUAAAAAAGAGGAGGAGCAAGGUGCAGCAUUUCCUUCAGAAACUGAAAGAGGUCCUGAUAAUAAAUCCAGCGAGGCUGUGGCCUUGGAGAAGUGUCGGCAGGCAGAGAGCAAACAGCAGAGAUCCUGCAGAGCAUCUCCUGAGCAGAGAACAGCUGUAGCAGAACAGUGGACUCCAGUGCCGCUUGAUGGCCCGACAGCAGAGAGCUUGCAGCUCGUGUCAAAGCUAAAGGACUCUUCGAGUUCCUGCGCCGUGGAUGUGAGCACCAUGUGGUGGGAAGCAGGUGGCUGCCGGGAGCUCUGCGUGGUGACUGCCUGCGAGAGUUCUGUCUCCCUGUGGAAACCUCUGGCGUCUGGCAGCUGGCACAAGGUCUAUACUUGGCAGAUCAGAGAGAUUCCUGUCAUACAGAUCGUUCCUCUGCCAGACACCGGUAAUCUCGUGUGUAUCGCACUGGGAGAUUUGGAGAUUGCAGAAAUAAGGCUCCUGCUUUGUUCUUCUGAGAAUGACUCAUUCAAGCAAUCGCUCGUGAAAACUGGAGCUAUAAAAGCUGUUCUGGGGCUGAAGGGCAGGAGGCUGGUCAGCAGCAGCAGGACUGGGCAGGAGCAGCAAGUGGAUAUAGUGUGGCUGUCAGAGACGGGGAGGAGCAAGGAUGGACAGACUUUGAUGCCCCCCGAAGAAACGGUUCUAGCUUUUGCUGAAGUAGAAGGAAUGAGGGAUGCCUUGGUCGGCACCACCACCGUGAAUGACAUCGUUGUCUGGAAUCUGGGAACAGGCCAGCUCCUGAAGAAGAUGCACGUUGGUUAUUCCUACCCAGCUUCCGUCUGCCAUCGGGCAUAUUCCGACUCUGGCCUUCUCUUUGUUGUUUUAAGUCACCCACACGCCAAAGAGAGUGAGUCCUGUGGAAACCCCGUGUUCCGUGUCAUCGCCUUCAACCCCAGAACCGCCCGGAGCGCAGCGGUGGUGUUCUCCUCCCUCCCCCCCGGGCACUCUGGAAGGCAAGUACUGGGGAAAAUCCAGAUGUGCCAGCAUCACGCCUCCUUCGUGGAGCUUUUCGGGGAGAAUCCGUGCAAUGAGCGGAGCGGUGCCGCUG